AUGUCCUCUUCUAAGCACGUUGUCUUCGACAUCGUCGGCACUCUCGUUGCCUACGAUCAUGUUUUCGACGCCAUCGAUGCCCGCCUGGGAGACCGAUUGCGCGCAGAGGGAAUCAAGCCUCGUCUACUGGGAUAUACGUGGAUGGAAGCAGCCGAGCGCGAGUACACCAAUUUGAGCCUUUCACAAAGCUAUGUCCCCUUCGGUGAAGUAUUCCGCGCGCUUUUCUACCGCAUGCUCUGGAUGGCCGGGAUCGCUGAACCGCGGACCUGGGCCACACCCGAAGAUCUAGAGUAUAUUAUGGCGGAAUACCAACUUCUCAAAUUCCGUCCUGAUGCGGCGGAGUGUGUUCAGAAGCUGCGUAAUGCCGGUUUCACGGUGUGGGCUUUUACCGCGGCGGAUAUCAACCGUGUUGGAGGCUAUUUCAAGAACGCGGGUGUUGAGCUGCCUGCGGAGAAUUUGCUCUCUUGUGAUGACGUCGGUGUCGGUAAGCCUGACUUGGCGGCUUAUCGCCCCUUGUUGGAGAAGUUGAAGUCGGAGAAUGAUGGGAAGACGCCUUGGUUUGCGGCGGCGCAUAUGUGGGAUGUUUCUGCGGCGAGGAAGGCUGGAUUCAAGGGGGCGUACUGCUCUGUGUGGGAGAAGGAGUCCCUGUCAGAACUCUUUGGAGAGAUGGAUGUCAUGGACGAUACUUUGCCAGGGAUGGCGGACAAGAUCAUUGCCCACCAGGCGUCAUCCUGA